CGCAUAUGGUAUUAACGAUACACGCAGUGCCUGUUGAGAAUGUGUGGGAGGUGUUUGUGGACCACACCUCCUGGAACGAAUGGGCUGAUCAGGGUGUCAUUAAGAUCGAACAAACCGGCUCACCGACUCCCAAUGGCGUGGGAUGCAUAAAAGUCACCACUUCGGUCGGUGGAGAUACAACGGUUGAAGAGGUUGUCGGGUUUGAGCCCAUUGAGCGCUUGGCUUACAUCGUACGUGAAGGCGGGUACUGGACGACGGAUCAUACCCAUGAAGUAUUUUUCGAUAAAGGGCCGAAUGGCAAAGGGUGUGUAGUCACAUGGAGAUGCCGAUUCGAACCAAUGGUGGUAGGAAGUGGUUGGAUCAUCGAGAAUAUGGUCGACAAGAACUACCGAACCGUACUGCAACUACUGGAGGACUAUCUCUCCCGAAGCGUCCCCUUGGACGCCUCGGGUUCGGAUCUGGUGUCUGGGUGGGAGGUAGUGUAGACAGUUGGCUGGUGACCUGCUGUGCAACCACACACAGUCGAUACGUGCAUUAAGCGCAUAUCACAUACACUGUGAUACAUUCCAUCACGCCACCAUGUCAUAUGCUGGGAUCAGCAGAGAUACACAUACAACCUAUCACACGCGCAGCUGGCAUCAGACAGAAGGGUACUAGGUUUCAUGUCGAACAUGGGCGAACAGCUGCCCAUACUAGUAAAAUUGGGUGUAGGUAACUCCAGCGAGUCGUUCUGUAGUUGGAGACCGCUGAAGAAGACACCAGCCACUCGCCCCGUUAGUACCGAAGAAGCGGGAUCUAGACUUGGUGAAGGGACAUAUGCCGUCACAGUGUGGCAUAGAUGAUUAUAUCAGCCAAACACACAAUAUAAUAGCAUGGAGGUGCGUUCUUGGACAUAUGUUGACGCUCUCAUUCAUAGGAUACCUAUGGAGUACCUCAGGUAACUAUAGCCUCGAGGCUAUGCUUGGAUGAGUGGCCUGGGUGUGGCAGAGUACCAACUAACGGCUCGGCGGAGUAAUGUGUACGCGCACUCACCCCUGAGAAAAAAACAUUCAAAGUAUCGAUAGCGCAGACACAUGGUUCAAUGUGUCUGAUAAAGUCUGUACUAGAAAUAGCACCUGUGAACUCAGUCUGUAAGUCGCUGUCGCGGGAUGAACAUAUAAGGACCGAUACAGGCGGCAUGAAUAUUCUUCUGUGCAUUACACAGGAGAACAAUUUGCGGCCUUUCGCGCCCAAUGAACCUGUACUGCUAUGGCGUGGGCAAUGGAGGUCGAAUUUCGAGGUUAAAUGUGUGACAUGCUACCGGAUCAAUUGCGACAGCUAGGGCUUCUGUUUAAUGAUACUUUCUUCGGAGAGUCAUCACUUUUCCAAUUAUGCUUGAAGGUUUAUUCUUUCACUGCGUGAGAUUAAUACAAGGUAGAUCGGAGGAUUGUGGUACCACCCUUCUAAGACGCACUUGUGCGAUCUAAUAGCAGUAAAAGCCUCGCCGAAAAAGCAAACAAGUGAUAAAGUUGAGUAGACAUAAUCAAAACUGUAUAUAUUCUGUGAGGCAUGCACCUAUUUGGAUCUGUCUUUUAAUACACUUCGCAGUUCAGACAUCACUAGUAGUGGGGCUGAUG